UUGACCCAAAUGGCGGUGGGAAGGUCACAAUCUUUGGGACGGCGGACGGCGGCGACACCUCCAACCCCACCUCGGUAUCGCCACCGCCUCGCCGUUAUCACCGUCACAGCCAUGAGGCCUCUCCUUACCCGCCUCUUCACCUCCACGCACAUUGCCAUGGCCUCCUCCUUCUCUUCCUCUCCGUCUAGGCGGUUGGCCCGUCUCAGACGCCAUCUCGCCUCCUCCUCUUCCGGCGAGCUCUCUUCAGUAGGCGCCCCUGCCGCCGCCGUCCCCGCGAAAAGCCCGCGUCCGGGCGCCUCCAAGGUCCACGCCGCGGUGCUCGUCUGCCUCUUCGAGGACCCCAGCAGCGGGCCGCGGGUCCUCCUCACCAAGCGCGCUUCCUCCCUCAACUCGCACUCCGGGGAGGUGUCGUUACCCGGGGGGAAGGUGGACGAGGGGGACGCGGAUGCAAAGGCCACGGCUUUGCGGGAGGCGGAGGAGGAGAUUGGGCUGGACCCGGCCCUUGUCUCUGUUCUGACAGUUCUUGAGCCCUUCCUGUCCAAGAAUGGCCUCAAUGUUGUUCCUGUAAUUGGCAUGGUUUCAGAUAGAGCAUUAUUCAAGCCUGUCUUAAACAAAGCUGAAGUGGAGGACAUCUUUGACGCACCGCUGGAGAUGUUUCUAAAGGACGACCACCGGAGAACAAGACAAAUGAAUUGGAUGGGCAUAGAUAUUCCUGUCCAGUUUUUCGACUACGAGGCAGACGGCAAAAAGUUUGUGAUUUGGGGCCUAACCGCACACAUAUUGACUCGUGCAGCGGCAGUCGUUUUUCAGAGGCAACCAUCGUUUGUGGAACUACCAAGACCCAAAUAUGCAAGCGCACCCAUCGCCGGCACUGAUGAGACCAAACCCUGAUGUUUUUAUGAAUACACUGUCAGGGGUCGUUUGGUUCUCGUUUGGUUGUAGAAUAUCUUUCUUUCCCUCCACAUGUUGGCGGGCAAUAUAGAUGUGAAUUGUAUUUUCAUGUAUAGCAGACACCAAAUGUUACUGGCACAUUUGCCCCCAUCUUAUUUUGGGGCAAUGACCACUUAGUGUAAGAGGAGGGUCACUGCACUUUGUGAUAAAAGAAUGUAUCAUAAACUCUAGAAAAAUAUGGCAAUUUAUUUUCCACGCUUCCUAUA